AUGCGACUUCUAAACACCAGAAUACUGAAGCUGGUGUCUUUUGACGGUAGACCAGUGCCGCCCUACGCCAUACUCUCACACACCUGGGAAGACGAUGAGGUGCGGUACGAGGACCUCUUCUCUGGAAGCACCACUUCGGUGAUGCCCACAGAGAAGCGGGGAUACACCAAGAUUAAGUACAGCUGUGACCAGGCCCAGUACGACGGGUUGGAAUAUAUAUGGAUUGACAGCUGCUGCAUCAACAAGAGCAGCAGUGCAGAGCUCUCAGAGGCUAUCAACUCCAUGUUCAACUGGUAUGAGAGGGCAAGUCGAUGCUACGUUUACCUCUUCGACCUCAACCGUCCAAACCACCCGCAAAUCGCCUUCGAGCAGAGUCGAUGGUUCAGGCGGGGUUGGACGCUUCAGGAAUUGAUCGCCCCCGUGCACGUCGAAUUCUAUGACCACCAAUGGAAGCCCAUGGGCGAUAAAGGCACGCAUUCCCGACGGAUCGAUGUUUCGGAUUCUGCGUAUGGGGCCGAUGGGUUCGAAGCAAUCUUCAAUCUGGACUAUGCACAACCCGAGGAUUACGAGGGGAAUCUGGCGUACCGCAUCGAGAGCGCAACCCGCAUUCCCAUCGAGGUGCUCACUCUCAAACAAAGACCUAUCAGCAGACUGCUCUCCCGAUUCCCGGCUGCUCAGCGGCUUUCAUGGGCAGCUAACCGCCAGACUGCGAGGAUUGAAGAUCGCGCAUAUUCGCUCCUCGGGCUCUUCGACGUCAAAAUGCCGCUCUUGUACGGCGAGGGCAAGGAGGCCUUUGUCCGACUGCAGCAGGAGAUCAUGAACCGAUAUCACGACCAGACACUGUUGGCGUUUACAAGACAGAAGAAUAUACAAUGGCAGCUACAUGGCCCGCUGGCAGACGACCCCGAUGUCUUCGCUCACUCAAACAUAAUCCGACAAAACUUUGAGGGAAACACACUCGAAUUCGACGUCAAGCAAGCACCCCUUACAACCAUCAAGCUGAUGAUAGGAAGCUCAUUUACUUUGGACUACGGACACCUGCACGCCAUCACACCGCCGACACGGAUUGUCCUUGGUCCAGAAUACACGAUCCGCUUUGCGUGGCCGAGACCGCCAGAGACAGCCUACUCAAUCCAUACUUUCGAUGAAAAAAAUCUCCAUGUCGGCGGUCCGUUCUGGCUUGACGCAACAAGUGAUUACGAUCCAGACAGGGUGGAGCUAAAGUCCACCAGGGAUUCCCUAGGUACCGCUGCACCCAUCAGUGGCAUUAUGUGCAUUGAACAGCCACCGAUGGAUCAGGAGUCCGGCAGUGAAGAUGGUUCUGGGGAUGAAGCGAUACCUGAAAUCUAUCUGGUUCUCUGGGGACUAAGACAGCAAACUGCGCAAUCUUCCAACAGGUUGCAGAUUAGCCACGGGGAGGUGAAUCCAGAAUCUGCGUGGUGUUAUGUUGUGGCAUGGGAAGACGUCCUGGAUCCAUCCCUGGCGCCUAUGGCAGGCGAGAUCCUCCAGCUCGAUCUACCAAGCAUCCUGAGCAGGAUCCGAGCUACCCUCCAACUGACCACGAACGACUUCAAAGAAAGGUGGACGGCCAUUCAGUCCCGUUCAGGAGCGACGGCCGUGGCCCCCACAGCCCAGAUUGCGUGCCUUGACUUCUUCGGUCAGGAAACGCUGCAAGUUACAGUCAAAAGCUCCCAAGCAGAUCCGUGA